AUGAAGAGAGUGCUCCUCACCUCGUCUCAGGUCUCCAUCAUCUUGACGGGCAUCGUCAUUUUCUUGUGCACCUUGGGUCUUUUCCUUAGCGGCUAUGUGAUUCAGCAACGAACAGUCAACGAUUUGCGCGACGCAAUCCGGCCACGGAUCAGGCCUGUGACGAAACCGCAUUUGCCAGAGCGCUUCAAGUCGCGCAUCACAGAGCUCGCCGACGGCUCCAUUGUCUUUUAUGAGAGCGAGGCGGACGAGGAAGCCCACUCGCAGCGACAGCACAUUGAGAUUCGCGAAUCCAAGACCCCGCAGCCGCCGUCGGAGAGCAAGGAGGCGCGAGCCGACCGGGAAGAGGAAGCGAAGAGGGCGACGCGCAAGCAGCUGCAAAUGUUGCAAGACAUCCAGAGCAAGGUUGCUCAGCAGUCCUGGGCGGUGGAAAACCCGGACCCCUGGGCCAAGAGCAGGGUGCCUGUCGACGCGGUGGAGCGCCGCCAAAUGAUUAGGGAUGAAUUGAAGCGCCUCUCCAUGAGCGACGGGCCGGUUCCGUGGUCUAAACGUAUUUGGAUAUGA